AUGACAACUACCAUCAUAGGUCCCCUAGAUACUACUGAUAGUGAGUUCUUGGAGAUUCUACAGAACUAUCAAGGACCAAAGAAACUAGAGCUAAUCGGAAACAUUGUUAAAGGAAGAAAGACAUCGGUUUAUCAAGCAUUUGUAAUCUCUGAGUUAACUCAUGCGAUUCAAACUUGGAACAAAACUAUCCCAUUGGCCAAUAGAGGAAUGGUCAUCAUUUCAGAGUUUAGAUUGCAUACACAAGAUGGAAUACGAGGUACUGAUCUUGGAUAUGCACCUCAUGAGAUUAUACAACCUCUCUUGCCAUUGCCAGUAUUCCCAACGAUACCUUUACCAUUUAUUGUUGAGGUUGUUCAAUUCACAAGGAAAGGGGACAAAGCUAAACAAAAGUUCAUAGAUGCCUGGAUUCCCAAUGGAUGUAAAUAUGGACUGGUAUUUGAUAGUGAGUCUAGAACAUAUAUCAAGUAUACCAACAAUAUUUGGGAGACUCAUAUAGAGUGGCAAGGUGAACUCAACAUUCCAACUUGUCCUGGAUUAUCAUUCAAUCUUCAACAAAUGCGACAGGAAUAUCUUCAAAUGUUC